GGCGGCCCCGCGCACCUCCCGCGGCUCCCGGCCCCUCCGCCGCCGCCAUGGAGGGCUUCGUGGACUUCACCAACCGCAGCCAGGGCCGCGACCAGAUCUUCCGAGCCACUCAGUACACAUGCAUGUUGCUUAGCUAUUUAAUAGAGCAUAAGCCUCAUAAAAAGAAGCUGGUAAUGAAACUCAAGCAGUUGGAAUCUAGCAUGAGCUCUGGCCGGAAAAUGUUCAGACUGGGCAACAUGGUGCACGCCUUGGUGGCAGCCAGGAGGAGUAGAGAGCUGCCAGAUGUGGUCGCUCGCUUCUGCCUCACAGCCUCCAACCUGACCCGGGCCCUCUAUUUCGUCUGCGAUGCCGUCCUGUGGCUGAGGAGCGUUGGGCUCCAGCCUCACCUGGAUACGCCCAAGUGGCGGAAUUGGGCUGCCAAGUGUUACUACGUUUCACUCCUGAUGAAUCUAGCCAGGGAUGGGUAUGAGAUCUCCUGGAGGCUGGAACAAGCUGUGCAGGAGGAAAAGACAAAGGAGAAUUUCCUCUGGGACAAGCACAAUCAGGAGCUAAACUCUGUGAAAUGUGAUAGUUUGCAUGGUGUCUUCCUCCUGCUGUUUCAGAUCCUGAGAAGACAUCCUCCUUUGCUGCUGGACUUGGUGAAGAAUCUCUGUGAUCUCUCAGGCCCUUUGGAUACCCUAGGGAUCUACAAGACCAACCCAGGAGUGAUUGGUUUCUGUGGUGUCCUCUCCUCCCUGGUGGGGAUCCUCACAUUAGCAAGCCCACAUCUGAAGCUGAAACAGUGACAUAAAAGGAGCAAACAGCUUUGAUACUCUGAUAGGUUUUUAUCCUCCAUAUGGCACUUUCAAAAUGAACAUGUCUCACAGUAACCUCAAGAUUAACUUUGUCCUCUGAGUGAGUGAAUUCUACCCUUUUUCCUUCCCUGUGUCUUUGCGGAUGAGGCUGGUGCCAUGACACACUCCCUGAUGGAGUGGAGAUGGGAGAAGGCAGAGUAAUAUUUCACAAACAAAAACAGGACUUGGACCAUGGCUGCUAGAUAAAGAAAUAUUAAUGUUCCAAUAUUUUCAUACAGAGUUACGAAACAACUGCAUAGACAACUGUAAUAGGCAUAUGACUCAUAACUAAUGUUUACACUGGAACACUGGAGUUCACCAAUUAAAGGUUCCUACAGUCAGAUUUUCUAUAGUGGGUUCAGGCAAGUUAGGAGCUGUGGUUAAAAUGGCCUGAAGUCCAGUACGAGUGUUCUGAUGGCUUUGGGUUGAUGGAUCCUGUUAUUUGUAGGCAAUGGUUUGAAUGCAGUUUGACGGUAACUGAAGAGUGGUAUGAUCUGACCUUCUCGUGACCUCUUUAACACGCAGUGGUGACACUGGAUCUGUGGUCUAGUGAGUGCCAGCUUGUGUCCCAGGAAAUCAGCACUUUCUGUUUUUCCUUCAAUAAUGUGAGCCAAGGAGCAUUGGCCACCAAGUCUGACUUCUCCAGCAGGCCAUGGCUGAGGGUUCGGGUGAAGGACAGCGUGGGGGAGAAGCUUGUCUGGGUGCUGAUGAUGCUGUGAUUUGUAGGGAACUGGGUUUCCAAAGCUGUGAAUCUGGAACCACUCACAAGCACUGAAUUUCCCAUUACACACCCACCUUAACUCCCAAACCCCUGUGAUUCCAAGUGCAGCAACAUUCCAUUAAUCAUAUUGAGAUAAGGAGUUUGUUUUGCUGUUUUCAUUUUAUGGGAAAAAAAAUCCAGUAUAAUAAGGAGCUUUGGAACCUGCAGUUAAGGAGAGAAGCCUGGCUCAGAGCUCAUUGAGUCAGAAAUACUGCAAGGGUGUGUUUCUAGUUGUGUAAGCUCCUGGAGGAAAGGGAAUGGAGUUGGUUGUCAUACUAUCAGAAUGCCCUGUGAGAUGAAAAGCUUAUUUCUGGAUUUGGGCAUUCAUGGUUUAGAUUUUCCUAUUUGACCCUCCCUAUCCUUCCCUCUCAUGACCACAAGAUUUCUUGUGUGUUCCCUCACUGGUUGAAUGGGUUCUGCCAUUUGAAAAUGCCUCACUUAGCCCUGCAGCUGCAUCAUUGCUCAUCACUUACCUCACUGGGAAUGACUGCCUGGCAGUGUAACCCAGGCUGAAGAAGAAAUGCCGUGUCCAGCUGUCUGACAUGGCUUGCAGUCUUUGUUGCUCCUGGCUUAGCAGAGUACCAGUUCCGACACCACCUGAGAAAAAUUUGCACGUUAAAUAUGAGAUAAAAUUGUAUUUUUAAUUCAUCAGAGUUAGGCCUGUGUGUUCUCCUAUUUUCUGGUGCAAGGACUCCUUGCUUAAUCUGUUGGGAGUGCUUGAGAAAAAAACUUGCUGGGCAGGAUAAAUAAGUGUGCUUGAAGACCAAAUGUGGCCUUCAGCUGCUCUGCUUUUUAAUAUGGAAAUGGACGCCAUUACAAGUAGAGCAUACUGGCAGUCCAUACCAUAACGGAGCAUUAUAUAUGGGAUAUGUUGUCUUCAAGGGCUUUCUCACCUUUUUAACAAUGGAAGUUUUUUGUUUCCUAACUCCAUUUGCCUUUGAGCUCUGAAAAUGUGAGUUCUGUCCCUCCCUUGGUCAGGUUCGAUCCUUAUCCCUGUGUGUAGCAACCUCUGUAAGGAAGGAAGAGGAGUCUUGAUGAGGCAAAGGAGGUUUGGCCAGCUUUUGCCUACAGAAUUUCAUCUUCAGCCUGGCUCAGCCUUACCUGUCCCAUUCUACAUGAUGCAGGUUGGAGCAUCCAGGAGUGACUCUGUUUACUGGAUGUUAAACACUAAUGCCUUCUGCUCUCCAGCUGGAGACUAGAAAUUUAAUGUACCUUAACAUAAUAUGACUGAGGCCAUAGAAUCAUGAUCAGAUGGAGAAAAUCCUUUUAGUGCCUUUUUUUUUAAAAAAAAAUCUGUUUCUUACACAGCAGUUGGAAUAAGGACAGCUGUUUCAACACAAGCAAUAAACUGAGAUGAGUGUGA